GGCGCCUUGUGGGCUCUCGUCUUAGCGCAACGCUUAUAUGUCGACGUCGACCGAGGCCCCCGUCCCCCGGCUAACUCUAUUUGUGAAUGGCGAGCUUGUCGCGGAUCCUGCAUGUUAGGCGAGUCGGUUUAAGGUUAGGUACAUGUAAUCGAGACGUCCCUGCCGGGCUCAAUUGUCCCGUCUCCCGCGCUUUCUCUCUUAUCCUUUCUUACAUCCAGCCUGCCAGCGUGUGGAUCUCCUCCAGGACAGACUGACGACGACCUCAACCUGGGUCGUAAUCGUUGGAAUUGGUCCCUCGCCCGGCAUUGUUGUUGCCUGUGGUUUCCAAAAUUAUCUCUCCACCCGGCCGAGUAAGCAAGCAUUGCCAAGCGGAUCAACGUCUUUGCGCACCCAAGCUUCCAGACUUGGCUGCCUUCGAUAGUUUCAAAGCGCUCCGCCAAGACGUUUCGGCACCAUGCCGCCCUACCCUUAUUCAGACAACAUGUACUCGGGCCUCGACGACUCAGACGUCGAAGAUGGCCCGCGGGUGGACGGAGGCGGAAACAGAAACACGCAUGGGUACGGCCACGCAGCUCAGGUCGCUCAGGGUACCGGUUCAGGACCCUUCUCUGGUGGUUCUGGUGUCGGCGCUGGUGCCACUGGUACUCAUGGUGGGGUUGAUGCACACGUCGCAGACAACCACCACGACGAGGAUCAAGUCCUGUCGCCCACGGACGGAUAUUUUGGCCGCUCUGGCGACUCCCCUUCGUCAGACCGCAGCAUUGCUUACCCGGCCAUCAACACCAAUACAGGCAAUCAUCUGCACUCGCCGUCACAUCACAGCCCGUCGGUAGAUGCUGCCACCUCAUCGUCGCAUUACUCUGCAGCGGCAUCAUCCCAAGUCCCGCACGUGCCAGACGUCUGGGUCGACGACCCCAGCCUGGAGCAAGGAAGCACCGCCGAGAGCAAGGCAAGGGAAGCUCAAGAGGAGCGCGACCAGAACAGACGCCGAGCUGGCCGGCCACACCCAUCGGACUUUGCCUCCCUUCCACAUGGUGAAGACGGCGGGCCCUCCACCUUCCCGUCCCUGAACCAACAAACCCCAUCAUCGACGACUUUCGGGCCUGGACAGCAGUCGAGAUACGCCUUCGGACCCGGCCUGUCAUCCGCGCCGCCCCACCAGAGGUACACGCCGUACGCGUCCUCCUCCUCCUCCGCCGCGGCACAGUCACGCUCCCACCGCAGCGGGACGAUAUAUUCCGAGCGCUCAUCGCUCUUCAGCGAGGCUCCGCCAGCUUACACCCCCUCUCCCACCUCGCCGUCCACCUCCUACUCCAACAACUACCAGACCAUCCGCCCAUCCAGCAACAUGGGUCGCAUCUCAGAGUCAGAGUCCCGUGGCCUGCUGGCUGGUGGUGAAUACCAGUCCGUCCCGCAGGACAUGGGAGGCCAGCCCGACGAUGACUACGCCACCUACACAAGACCCCAGAACUGGAGGGACCGCGUGAGGAGCCGCGUGGCCGGUCUCGACCGGAGGACCUGCAAGCUUGUUGCGCUUGGUGUCGUCCUGCUUCUCAUUACGGUCGGGUUCCUCGUCAGCUCUUUUGCCGGCAUCAAGGACGAGAGGAGGAUCUCCGUGCCUGGUGGCUCUGGAGGCUCACCCAUCAGCAAACUGCCAGCCCAGGACGACGAUGGCACGAGGCUGGCAUAUCCACCCUUCGACGGAGAAAUGCCCUGGGCAGACUCCGACAUGUGCGCCAAGAAGGAAAUCACGUACCCGGUCCAGACCUUCAAGGUCGAAUUCGCCGAGACACGCAACCUCUCGUUCUUCCAGGACGUGAAGAAGGAAAACCAGGGCGGCCGUGACAUCCGCGUCAGUGGUGAGGUCGUCAUCCGCCGGUCCGGAAACGGCACGCCAGGCCCGGGCAUCACCCUCGAGAGCGUCUCCAACGACGACCAGAUCUCGCUCGACCUGGACUGGGACGAAGCCGAGCAGCGCCUCUACGUCCUCUCGCCCUUGUCCAUCCCGUGGCCCUCCAACAGCCCCGAGUCGCCCUGCCUGCAGAUCCGCUCGACCAUCUGGGUCCCGCCCGGAAGCAUCCUGGACAGCCUCAACGUCGAGAGCGUGCACCUCGGCGUCAAGCUCCUGGACAACCUCUCGAUCCAGCUCAACAACUUCGCCCGCCUGGCCAGCACCAUCGGGACUGUCGUGUCAGCCACCGACGGCGAGAAGGACCCGAGGCAGGUCAUGCUCGAGGGGCCGCCCAAGUCGUUCGUACUCGACUCGCGCUACAUCGAGGUCAAGACCCUGUCCAACGCCAUCGCGGGCUCGUGGCCACUGUACGACUACCUCGGCCUCGAGACCAUCGCGGGCUCCAUCCGCGCCGGCGUCGUGCCCAAGGAAGCCCUCAAGGACAAGCCGCGCCCCGCGAUCCUCUACGUGCACUCGACCUCGGGCCCGGUCGAGCUCCACGAGCCCGUCGAGGCCGCCGCGGCGGCCCUGGCCAUGACCUCGCAGGGCACCGCGGUCGGCGCCGCGGCGCAGGACAUCAUCCCGCCGCGGCAGUACGGCGUAGACCUGUAUACCAUGUCCGGCACGAUCAAGGGCUCCGUCGCCUUCAGCCACUCGUGCAAGGUCCACACCACCUCGGGCAACAUCGAUCUGACCCUGCUCCCCGUCUACGACAAGUCGCUGAUCCAGGGCGGCGCCCCGAGCUCUUCGAACCUGCAGACCUCGACCACCAGCGGCACGACGGUGGUCAACGUCAUGGAUGCCCUGUGGAAGGACGUCCAGACGGGCUCGUACGUCGCCCUGCCCGCCCCGCCCCCGCCCCCUCCCGCUCCCGCGGCCGCCGCGCCUGGCGGUGUCGACGUCACCCCCAUCGGCGCGGAGGACCCCUACAGCUACCUGGGCGACAUGGAGGCCCCUGCCCCACCACCAGCCCCCGAGGAGGACGAGGUUGCGCCCGAGCAGCCCGCCGCCGUAGCACCGCCCGCCAUCCGCGUCCUCACCGCAAAGCACACCACGACCAGCGCCGCCAUCCGCGUCAACUACCCCGCGACGUGGGAGGGCCGCAUCGACGCCGACAGCCUGACGGGCAAGAUCGCCGUGACGGGCAAGGGCGUGCAGGUCAUCCGGCGCGACGACGACUUCCCCGGGUACAAGGAGCGCGUCGUCGCGCAGAAGGGCCAGGACGGCCUCGGCGGCAACAUCCACUGCCACACCACCUCGGGCAAGAUCAGCGUCGCGUUCCCCUCCUGAGGGGGCCGGGGCGCCCUGGACUAUCAGCAGCACGGAGGAUGGGUGGGCCCCACCAGAACUCGUAAGAGGGUCGGUAGGGGGGAAGGAAACAGGGCAGCGAGCGCCCAAAGUAAUGGGAUUCCUCAGCGGUGAGAGACGCUUGGAGGAGGAGAUGGCGGCAGACAUGGCAUCGCACUUACACAGGAUUAGCGCGCGGGGUCCGCGGCGUCUGAUGAGAUUUUUUCAUGAUUACUACUAGUAUUCAGACCGGGUCGUCGGGCCCGAUGGAGUUGGAGGAUAUCUUGUUCUUUGGAUCCGUGCUUAUUUGGACUAGCCGGUUGAUACACAUCAAUGCGAAUUAUGUUCUCCUCGAA